UCAGGGCUGAUCCCAGUCGGAGCUGAUACUGGUCAGAGAUUGGAUCCCGGUCAGAGAUCGGAUACUGGAUCCCAGUCGGAGCUGAUCCUGGUCAGAGCUAAUCCCGGCUGGUGCUCGGUGAUUGUCCCAGACCCAGUGGUGGAGCUUUUCAGGGAAGUGCGGAUAAUGAAGUGUUUGAACCACCCGAAUAUCGUGAAGUUAUUCGAGGUGAUAGAGACAGAGAAAACCCUCUACUUGAUCAUGGAGUAUGCAAGCGGAGGUGAAGUGUUUGACUACCUCGUGUCACAUGGGCGGAUGAAGGAGAAGGAAGCCAGAGCCAAGUUCCGCCAGAUUGUCUCUGCUGUACAGUACUGUCACCAGAGGAACAUUGUCCACCGGGAUCUGAAGGCAGAGAACCUCCUGUUGGAUGGUGACUGUAACAUUAAAAUCGCUGACUUUGGCUUCAGUAAUGAGUUCACGUUUGGGAACAAGUUGGACACGUUCUGCGGGAGCCCCCCGUACGCUGCCCCCGAGCUCUUCCAGGGCAAAAAAUACGACGGACCCGAGGUGGACAUCUGGAGCCUGGGGGUCAUCCUGUACACACUGGUCAGCGGCUCACUGCCCUUCGACGGCCAGAACCUCAAGGAGCUGAGGGAGCGAGUGUUGAGGGGGAAAUAUCGAGUGCCCUUCUACAUGUCCACGGACUGUGAAAACAUCCUGAAACGCUUCCUUGUCCUCAACCCAGCCAAGCGAGGAACCCUGGAGCAAAUCAUGAAGGACAAGUGGAUAAACGUCGGGUGUGACGGUGAGGAACUCCGACCGUACGUGGAGCCAGAGCAGGACCUGGGCGACAACAAACGCAUAGAAGUGAUGAUCGGAAUGGGGUACACGAGGGAGGAGAUUAAAGAAGCCCUGAGCAGGCACAUGUACAACGAGGUCACUGGCACCUACCUUCUGCUGGGCAGGAACAAAAGCGAGAUGGACAGCGCCGACUCACAUUCGGGCAGCAGCCUCUCGCUGGCCAAGGUGCGGCCGAGCAACGAGCUAAACACCAGCACCGUGAGCCAGAGCUCAACACACAGCAGGAGCCAACGCAGCUCAUCCACCUACCACCGGCAGCGCCGCCACAGUGACUUCAGUGGACCAGCUGCCCUCCCCUCUCACACCAAGCGGAGUCAGACGAGUGCGGCCGCGGCAGCGGCGGUGGUGGAUGGUGAGCUGAAGGAGGAGCGCACUCCGUCCCGGAAAGGGGCGUCCAGCGGCCGGGCUGGUGUCCCUCCGUCCAGCCCCAUGGUCAGCAACGCCAGCAAUCCCAACAAGGCUGAGAUCCCGGACCGCAGGAAGGUGACCGGUCCCGCCAACAACAAUAUCCCAGCCAGUGCCAUGAGCAGGAGGAACACAUACGUCUGCACUGACCGGACUCCCAAUGACAGACAGUCCCUCCUUCAGAACGGGAAGGAGAACAGCUCUGCGAUGACCCGCACCACUCCAGCCUCGCCCUCCACCCACAGUAUCGCGGCCUCCACCGACCGCACCCGGUUCCCGAGGGGCACCUCCAGCCGGAGCACCUUCCACGGGGGGCAGUUGAGGGACCGACGGGGGGCGGCUCAGAACAGCAGCUCACCCACCUCGCCCACCCUCUCGCCCGACGCCACGCCUUUGCCCCAAACCCGGAGCCGGGCCUCCUCGAACCUUUUCUCCAAACUCACCUCAAAGUUGACCAGAAGGGUCGCAGACGAACCUGAGAGAAACUGGAGAUCUGAGGUCACAAGUUGCAAUGUAUCUUGGAAUCAGAAAGAAACCAAACCCCGGACGAUCCGACUUACCUGGAAUAUAAAGAUCACCAGUUCACAGGACCCGCGGGAGAUGAUUAACCUGAUCUGUAAGGUCCUGGCAAAGAAUGGCUGUGUGUAUCAGCAACACGAACCUUUCCUCUUAGCGUGUUCCCACGGCAGAGAGGCCAGUGAACACUUUGUCCAGUGGGAGAUCGAGGUGUGUCGGCUGCCGAGUCUCUCCGUCAACGGCGUGCGCUUCAAGAGGACGUCGGGAACUUUCUUAUCCUUUCGGAACAUUGUGACCAAAAUCACCAGUGAAUUAAAGCUCUAGGGCCCCCAGGGCGACCGUUCACCCCCACCCCUCCCCCAAAAAACACCCACCGGCGAGGGGGGAGAUUUCCGUCUCCGUCUGUAACGUUUCCCCCACUCCAGCCCACCAACUUUUUUACCCCCCAACCCCGGCAUCGAGCGGCAAACGGAACGUUCCUUUCCCCGUGUCUCAGCCUCCAGGAUUCCGUGACAGGGUCAUAGGUGAGGCACCCCACCGACCCCCCCACCCCAGAACAGUCAGUCUUUUCCAGCUGUCAGUGGCUUCCAUUUCUGAUCUCCCCCACCCCCACCUAACCACCACCAUCAGGGGCAGGACGGCUGACCCGUUUCCCCUCCCCUCAUUCCCCACCGUCAGGGGCAGGACGGGUGAAAUGGAUUCCCUCCCACCCACCCACCCCCAGCUCUUGCAGGAAUCUGGGUUCAGUUUAGUUCCUGACCCUCACACCUUGGGGGGGGGGGGGGGUGGUUUGUGUAAAUGAGGAGA